GGGCGGCUCCGGCUCCCGCAGCGGGACAGACCCGCCCGCUCGGGCUUUUAUCCGGCACCGUCUUCCUUCCCUCCCCCGUCUAUGGUGGCGGCGGCGGCGGCAGGCGAGGCUGCGGCGUUGCCAUGAACAGUGGCGGCGGCCUCCCGCCCCCCUCGGCCGCCGCCUCCUCUUCCUCCUCCUCGCUGGCGGCGGCAGUGGCGGUGGUGGCCCCGCCGGGGGUCGGGGGUGUCCCCGGCGGGGCGGCGGGAGUGAAGCUCAAGUACUGCCGCUACUACGCCAAGGAUAAGACUUGCUUCUAUGGGGAGGAGUGUCAGUUCCUGCAUGAGGACCCGGCCGCCGGGGCUGCCCCGGGCCUCGGCCUCCAUAGCAACAGCGUCCCCCUGGCGCUGGCCGGCGCGCCGGUGGCCGGCUUUCCGCCCGGAGCCGUCCCAGGCGGGGGAGCCGGGCCGCCCCCGGGACCCAAGAAGCCGGACCUUGGGGCUCCGGGGCCCGCGGCCGCAACCGGUGGAGGAAGCGGCGGCGGGGGACUCGAUGGACCGCGGCUGGCAAUUCCUGUAAUGGAUGGAGGUGCUUUAACUGAUACAAGUCUCACAGAUUCCUAUUUCAGCACCAGCUUUAUUGGAGUCAAUGGAUUUGGAAGCCCUGUGGAAACAAAGUAUCCCUUGAUGCAGAGAAUGACUAAUAGUAGCAGCUCUCCGAGCCUUCUAAAUGAUAGUGCCAAGCCAUACGCAGGCCAUGAUCCUUUAACUUCACCUGCUUCAUCCUUGUUUAAUGACUUUGGUGCCCUCAACAUCUCUCAGAGAAGAAAGCCAAGGAAGUAUCGCCUGGGGAUGCUGGAGGAGAGGCUAGUUCCGAUGGGAUCAAAGGCUCGAAAAGCAAAGAACCCUAUUGGCUGCCUUGCUGACAGGUGUAAAUCAGGAGUACCCAUCAAUAUGGUUUGGUGGAACAGAGUCACAGAAAACAAUUUACAGACACCAAAUCCCACUGCAAGCGAAUUUAUUCCUAAAGGAGGAUCAACCUCCAGGCUGAGUAAUGUAUCCCAGUCAAAUAUGUCUGCCUUCUCUCAAGUUUUCUCUCAUCCAUCCAUGGGAAGCCCUGCUGCUGCUGGAUUAGCACCAGGAAUGUCAUUGUCUGCUGGAUCUUCCCCUCUCCAUUCCCCCAAGAUUACUCCACAUACUUCUCCCGCUCCCAGAAGAAGAAGUCACACUCCAAAUCCAGCAAGUUACAUGGUGCCUUCUAGUUCCUCUACACCUGUUAACAAUCCUGUUUCUCAGAAUCCAUCUUCUGGUCAAGUGAUCCAGAAGGAAACUGUUGGUGGGACAACUUACUUCUAUACAGACACAACUCCAGCACCUUUGACUGGAAUGGUAUUUCCAAACUAUCAUAUUUAUCCUCCUACUGCUCCUCAUGUUGCCUAUAUGCAACCAAAAGCAAAUGCACCUUCUUUCUUCAUGGCUGAUGAACUCCGACAGGAGCUGAUCAACAGACAUUUAAUAACAAUGGCUCAAAUUGAUCAAGCAGAUAUGCCAGCAGUCCCUACAGAAGUUGACAGCUACCAUAGCCUAUUCCCUCUAGAACCACUGCCACCCCCCAACCGGAUACAGAAAUCAAGUAAUUUUGGAUAUAUUACAUCUUGCUACAAAGCUGUAAAUAGCAAAGAUGAUCUGCCAUACUGCCUUCGGAGGAUACAUGGUUUUCGUCUUGUAAACACAAAGUGCAUGGUCUUGGUUGAUAUGUGGAAAAAAAUUCAGCAUUCAAAUAUCGUAACACUGCGUGAAGUAUUUACCACUAAAGCAUUCGCUGAACCUUCUCUCGUGUUUGCAUAUGAUUUCCAUGCUGGAGGAGAAACUAUGAUGAGCAGACACUUUAAUGACCCUAAUGCUGAUGCCUACUUCACAAAGAGAAAGUGGGGUCAACAUGAUGGACCAUUACCCAGACAGCAUGCUGGGUUAUUGCCAGAAUCUCUCAUUUGGGCAUACAUUGUCCAACUGAGUUCUGCUUUGCGUACCAUUCAUACAGCAGGUUUGGCAUGUCGAGUAAUGGACCCAACAAAGAUUCUGAUAACUGGCAAAACAAGGUUACGAGUAAAUUGUGUUGGAGUUUUUGAUGUUUUAACAUUUGAUAACAGUCAAAACAAUAAUCCAUUGGCAUUAAUGGCUCAGUACCAGCAAGCAGAUCUGAUAGCAUUAGGAAAAGUUGUGUUGGCUUUGGCUUGCAACUCUUUGGCCGGAAUUCAGCGAGAGAAUUUACAGAAAGCCAUGGAAUUGGUGACAAUCAACUACUCAUCUGAUCUAAAGAAUCUGAUCUUGUACUUGUUGACUGACCAAAAUAGGAUGCGAAGUGUAAAUGACAUCAUGCCCAUGAUUGGUGCUCGAUUUUAUACUCAAUUGGACGCUGCUCAAAUGAGAAAUGAUGUCAUUGAGGAAGACCUGGCAAAGGAGGUUCAAAAUGGAAGACUGUUUAGGCUCCUAGCAAAAUUGGGAACAAUCAAUGAGAGGCCGGAGUUUCAGAAGGAUCCUACUUGGUCAGAGACUGGAGACCGAUAUCUGUUGAAACUCUUUAGGGAUCAUCUUUUUCAUCAGGUGACAGAAGCGGGUGCUCCUUGGAUUGACCUCAGUCAUAUCAUUUCUUGUCUUAACAAGCUAGAUGCUGGUGUUCCAGAAAAAAUAAGCCUGAUUUCCAGAGACGAGAAGAGUGUGCUUGUGGUAACAUACAGUGACUUAAAGCGCUGCUUCGAAAAUACUUUUCAAGAACUGAUUGCAGCUGCAAAUGGUCAGUUGUAGUAUUUGCUAAAAGGGUCCACAGGACAUGGCCGAGGAACUUAAAAAACAGCAAAUUGCACUACAGCUGGACUGUUCUCUUUCAUCUCCUUUCACAUGGGGAAACAAGCAGGGGAGGAGCAAAGCUGCUUGCACUUGGGUCAGGUGCACUGUUACUUGAAAGGAAGAAUGUCUCAUUUAUCCAAGAGCUCUGGCUGCCAUUUGGAGGCUCUGUCUGUGAAGAAUUUAUUUCAGAUUAAGGAGCACCAUGAGGUGAAUGAUGUUCCUGCUUUGUUUUUUUCCACUUGUGUAUGCACUAGUUUUAAUUUUUAAAGACUUUUUUCUGAUCUUGAACUUUUGCCACAUUGUAUACUUAUUAAGGGAAACUAUUCGCAAGGACAUUUUUGGGAAACAAUACUGGGCAGCCCUGUGCCUCUGAGCAAUGCAGAAUUUGCUCUUUUAGGGAUGGGUUGCCUAAAUGACGUAAUGGACCAGGUAACUAAUUCAUAGACAUGUGGCGUAGUGCAUAGUUCUUACAAGAGUGUUGUGUGCAAGCUCUGUAUGCCGCCCACUGUUAGUUCAAAUUGAGAGUUUUGUUUUGUUUUGAAGAACACAAAAAGGGAAAGAUCAGUGAAUUUUUGGAUAUGAAUUCCCCUAUUAGUUGGUUGACAUCCUUUCUGAAUAACGAUUGGAUAAAUAGUAACUAAAGGAGCAUAUAUAGCUCUUGCUCCAAAUUCACCCAGUCUUUUUUUUUUUAAAGGCAUUUGCCUGCUCGUCAAGAUACAUUUACAUUUAUGCAAUUUUUAAUAGGAAAAAAAAUGAAGAAAUUGUGUUAAAGGCCUAAAGUUCAGGAGUAUAUUUGCUUUAGGUUAUUUCCAGUCUGCUUUUUUUGUAUAAAGUUCUGUUCUUUGAACCACAGCUUUAUAAUGGUACUUUACACUGGAUACAGACACAGAGACACUGUUCAAAAGGUGAACUAAACACAGCAGUGGUCUGGCAUCAAGAGCUUUCUGACAUUUUACAGCCUGAAUCUGGAGAGAGAAUGAUCUGCUGUGCCUUUGCAGUCACUGCUUAGCCCAAAGUAAUAGUACUUUUCAUAAUAACUCACUCUGCAGGAUCUUCCAAACAAGUCCAUCUCAAAGUUUGGAAUUUUCGUCCUCGUAACUUUCUUACUAUUUGGACAUGCAGUUGUCGCCAAACUUGGAUAUUCAUCAAAUUUUUAGUUAGUGAAAUACCUAUACUUUGAUACUGAAGACUGCCAAAUACAUAGGAAUUUUCUUUCUUAAAAAACGGUGAUGAAGACUUUAUCCUUUCCCAGCACUGAAUGUUUUACUAGCACUGGGUGCUCGCCAUGUGACCGUGAAGAAAAUGUGGAAACUCAGAAGGUCAGGACAGACUCCCAAGCACUUGCAGCUGAUGUUACUGUCUUCAAUUUUAACAGUUACACACAUUUGAUAUUUCAGAGAAUUUUUUAGUAUUCUCUGUUCACUUUUUAUAAGCUUUAAAAUGAUUUUUCUCUGCCUUGAGAUUUGCAUCAAGAAAAAGCACCUCUCAUCACCUGAAAGCUUUGAAGACUAGAGACACGCUUUACACGUUUUAACAAGUGUAUUUGAGUCCACAUUUGGUAACAUCAGUUGUUGAGUUAAUAAGAAAAUCAAUUACUGCAUUUGAUCUGGAUGGAUUUUUAAAGAACAUAUGUUCAAUAUUCAAAGAAUAAUUAACAUUUGCCACCAUAAUGUUCUUUUUUAUGUAAAAGGAACAAGAACUUGGAGACAUUAACAUGCAAAAGUCUUUUAUCAUUAGCUCAUGUAUUUGAGGAAGAGCAGCUGUCUUUUUAUAUGUUUUUUGACAAAUCAUAUUGUAAUUCUUUUGUACAAAAAAGAACUACUUGUAUUCUAGAAGAAAUAUGAAAUGCUUAAUUUAUAAGCGGGCAGGAGAUUUUUUCCAAUAUUGUUUUCUUUGAAAAUGAAAGGGGAUCAUCUAUUUUAGUUUUGGGGUCUAGGAACUUUUUGAAAUUUUUAAUUUGUGGACCAAUGUUUUGUGAAAGCUAAGGAAGGGCAGGGGUAAAAUAGGGCUUGAAUCUUUCACUCUGUGUAGACCAGCAAACUUCCCUCUGCAAGGCAGGUUCACAUCGCUAACCCAAGAAUGUCUGCACCAUAAACGCUAGUUUGCUUUAGCCCCUAGUUAACCUCAGGACUUGGUUUGAAUAUAAAAGGUAGACAGCUGAUAUGUUUUCAUGAGUAAAUAUUUGUCAGCCAGAAAACAGUUGGCGUCAGGUAAUGCAUAUUUUUUUUAGCUUUGUUUUGUAUUUAUUUUUCAUUUAGUUUUUAUUGGGAAUGGUUUUCAAAAGAAUUCUCAGUUCUGCUUAGGUGUUUUUUUGGGAAACCCUCUUUUCUAUAUUGUAAUUCCACUUAAGAGGUUGUCUGAAAGUUAGUCUUUAAUCCAUAGGAAGAUUUUAAUAUCUGAGAAUUGUCAAAUUAAGGAUAUAAACUUCUCAUACCUUCCUGUUAUGACAGAUAAAAGCACAGAAAGGACAACCUUUGAAAUCAUGUAACAUUGGUCAUUUUCAAUUUUUUGUACCUAUUUUAAAUUCUGUUAGUGUGUUUACUUCAAUGUAAAUAUUUUUGAGGGUAUCCUGGUACUUUGCUUUUGACCUUGGUUCUGUGAUUUGGAUGUCAACAACUUCCCUAAAAAGCACCAGUAUGUUAAGUUCUAAUGUCAUGAUCCCAAUAUGUGUUACUCAUCUUUAAUCCUGUUUUCAGUCUCUUUGUGUACAGCAGUAUUUUUAAUAAAGAAUUACAGAGGUAAAAUU